AAUAUCCUGUCAUAAAGACAGUUAAGUACUGUGCAAUACUGUAGAGCCUGUUAGAAAUUAUAAUGAAUAUUAUUAAAAUAAUUCGAAAAAUAACCAUUAAGUUGUAAUUUAUCGAUUUCACAUCUAAAAGAAAUGGCAGAAAGCAAAUCUAUUUUACAUGAACUGUAUGUGUUUUCCGAAUGGAAACCAGAACCCGAAUAUUUACAAAAACACGACAGUAUUUUACCGGAGAAUAUCUCGGCUCUUUGGCGAUGGUUUAAAUUUUUUGGUCCUAAGAAAAGUCUUAUUGAUAGUGUUACAGCACAUAAGGAGAAACAGCAGAAGUGGCACAUUGCUCUUGGUGAUGAGGGGAAAGUAAUAGCGGUGCUCACAGACAGUAUCUUAGAAAUCAGAACUAAGCGUUCAGAAUAUGCUACUAUUGCAGCUAGAACUACAGUGAGUCGUGAUGCAUAUGCACAGUGGCGUAAGUUGGUGUGGAGUCCUGACUGCUCAUUCUUGGUGCUUGCUUAUGGCAAUGGAAUAGUCAGCUUUUUUGACCUCACCGCUUCUAACCUGUUCAACAUUCCAGCUGAUUGCUCAAGACCAGGCGGGCUUGAGUGCACAGAUAAUACUCAUGCAGUGUCUGACAUUAUAUUUAUGCCACUCAGAGUUAAGGAUACUAAAUGGAACUGGGAGGUGCUCGUGGUGACGUUCGACGGCCGGUUACGUGGCUAUGUGGUCUCGCAGACGGAGGGCUUCAAGUUGCGGCACAGCUUCCGCUUCCCUGCCGGAGUUGCCGCGCUGGCGUACUGCCCGCCGCACGACGCUCUCUAUGUGGCUGGCGUGCCCAGGAAUACUAAGGAUGUGUCGUCGCCACUAAGCGCGGGUAUAACGGCGUGGCGCAUCCUGAACGAGGAGCCAUUCUACAAGCUGUCUGUGGUGUCCGAUCAGCUCGAGACGCAGCUCAACAACGAGAGGUUCAACCUCUACAUACCUUUCAUCACAUCUAAGAAUAUGAACUUCAUAGUGCGUAUGGAGGUAUCUUCGGAUAGUAGCAAGCUGGUGUGCAUUCACUGCAACGGCGAGGUGUCUGUGUGGCGGCUGCCGCUGCUGCGACUGCUGCACCGCUGGCCGCUCGCCCGCCAGCCCGCCCACCACCUGCGCAGCCCCCUGCAACCCCACCACCCCCCGCACACCACCCACACACCCGCCCGCAUCAAGCAUAACGACCCCGCGCUCUUCCACCCCGCUGACGUCAACUGGUGGACCAAUGAGGAAAUAAUAUUGUCCCGGUUCAGCGGUGCGGUGAGCGUGUGCGGGAUAGAGGACAUGGAGAACAUCCUCGGCAAGCAGCCGGAGUUCUUCCAGGGCACGCCGCAGGUGACGCGCGCACACGAAGGUGCGUUCAUGGUGCUGGAGUGCGAGUCCAAUGUGCUGCCUGCCAACAAGUCAACCAGCGAUGAAACUAUGGAGGUUGUCAAAGUGGAAGAGGAUGUGGAUGACUCAAUGCUGGAGCUGACGAAGGAGUUGUUCAAGACGGUACUGUUCGCCAUCACCGACAUGGAGACCUUCCAGCCCAAGCCCAAGAAGAUCACCGUGGUCUCCCGAGUGUACAGGCUGCUGGGAGUCAAGAGUACUACGCCUACUGAACUGUUUUCUAGAAAGAUCGAAAGCGGAAAUUAUUCGGAGGCGCUGUCUCUGGCGGAACAGUUCGGACUGGACAGCGACCUCGUGUACCAGCAGCAGUGGAGGAAGAACCCCGUCUCCACUGACGCGAUUGACAAUUACCUGAGUAAAGUAUCAAAGAAGAUCUGGGCGGUGCACCAGUGCGUGGACCGGCUGCCGGAGACACUACCCGCCGCCAACGACCUGCUGCGCUUCGGCCUGCAUCUCACCAACGAGAGGAUACUUGAUGAAAUCAAUAAAGAGCGUGGUGAUGAUAAGUUAAAGGACCCGGAGGACAUAACUCUGGAGGAUCUGAACGCAUACACGAGCGAGCUGCUGCGCUGCCGGCAUGUCAUGCUCUUCUACAAGGAGAGGCUGCGUCUGUACGAGUCGAUAUUAAAAUGUGAGAAGUCAACGUACAACAAAGAGGAGUACGACUGUCUGCGCAGCAACAGUAUAGUGCACAGUGCCGUCGAGAUCGCUAAGGAGGGCCGCAUCGAAGCCCUCACCUGCCUCUGGCCCCACAUUCGCAGCGUGCCCAUGCAGCUGGCCGUGCUCGACAACCUGCCAGAGAUCAUCAACCCCCUAGACUUUCAGCACAUCCUGCCCACCACACACCCUCUGCAGAUGUUCGAACAUAGACCACCAGUCAAAGUAGAACCCCUCGAGAUUGAGAGAGAUUGGUGUAGGAAACAGAUCUUUAGAUCCAUCUGGAGCUCGAACUGGUCAGAGGACACGACUCCCGAGUCGGAGUCAGCCAGCGAGGAGUUCGUCGACUACGCGGUGUGGUACGAGAGACGCGCGCGGGAUAUAGAAGCACGCAGCGGGCUCGCCUCGCACGCGCUCGCACUCGUCACGCUCGCGGCCAUCGGCGGCGGAGUCAAGGGCCUCGAUAAUAUACUCUUCCAUCUCCUGACCCUCAGCACUCUGAUCUACGACAUCAAUGUGGAGGGGGUCACGCUCAGUGAUCUGGAGAAGAUGUCUCCGCUUGAGACGUGCAAGCUGCUCAUGAAAAUGACGACGCCGGAGAACUUCGUGGCCGACGUGAAGCAGUUCGUGGUGCCGUUCAUGAAGCGGUUCGAGAACCUGACGCAGCGCGCCGGCGCCUGCCUGUGCGGCAUCAUAGACUUCGUGGAGAGUGUCAGCAUUGAAGACCUCUCAUAUAUAUUGCUCUUGCUGCAGUCUCCUAAAGAGUUUGAGCUGGACGUGCGCACGCACAUCGAGCUGGCGGAACGCUGUUUGUUCGCACACAACGGCACCGAUCAACUCGAAAUGGCCGUAGACCUCCUCAACUGCAUCCUCAAGGAAACUGACGGCACGAUCAGCAGCAGCGAGCUGGUGCGGCGCGUGUCUGCGCUGGAGCGGCUGGUGGGCGGGGCGACGCGCGCGGCGUGGCGCGGCGUGCGCGUGCCGCUGCGCGACCUGCGAGACAUGCUCGGAGAUGCACGCGCCGCACAGAGGCUGCUGGCGAGACUCGCGCGCACCCUGUCGCAACGAGAAGAAAAGCCAACGCCGCAAGACUGGGAAUCCCUCCUCAAAGAUAUUCUGGAACUGCAAGCAACCUUGUUUGAUUGUGUUACUAAGGAGCAAUGCUAUGAGAUAUACUCGUCCGCGCUCCUGGCGUCGGGCGAGGCGGCGAGCGUGCGUCUCGCGGCGUCCGCGCUGACGUGUGCGCGCGCGCAGCCCCGCCCCCCGCCCGCGCUGCCUUACCUGCGCUCCGUGCAGCUCGUCAUUGACUCAUCCAAAGAGUACUUCAACUCAGCAUCCUCGCUCACAGAUCCCGCUUUGGAGCUAGCCAAAUGCUGCUUAUCAUUGAUAGAAGACGAAAACGAAGAUAUAAAGAAGGAGCUAGAUCUCAUUAGUUCACUCAGUCUAUUAAAUAGUUUUGGUCUGACGAUCCUUCCUAUACAAGUUCGUCUCUGCGAAGACAGAAUGUUGUUGAUAAAGGAAUGUCUGACGCUAAACCGUAACGCCUACCUCGCCAGUCACAAGUUGCUCAAUUUAGCUAAACUGCUCAGAAUUGCCGGAGAUGACGAGAUCACGCGCGAAGGGAUGGUGCUGCAGCUGGUGGGGGAGCAGGCGCUGGGUGCAGGCGGUGGUGGCGGGGCGGCGUGCGCGGCGGCGGCGCGCCGGCUGGCCGCACUCCGAUACGCGCCCGCUGCGCCGCUACUGGCAGACGCCGCCAAGCGCGCGCACGCACACGCCGACCUCAACGAGCGCCGCGCCCUGCUCGCCGCCGCCGCAGCCCACGCCGCGCCCGCUGAUCUCGAGGCAGUGCUUUGUGACCGUUUGAAUCUGGAAGUAGAAAACCUGCAGCAGACGGGCUCGGGCCUGGCGGACCAGAUGAAGUUGGCCACGCGCCGUCAAUCCACAGAUGAAGAGUUCGCCGACGCUGUCACCACUCCAGUCGUCGAGAAGAAAGAUCUCGUCCCUCAAAAACUCCCUAUAUUUAAUUACCUUAUUGACACAGUCCGUGAUAAAUUAAAUUUAAGUGACACAAAAGACUCAUCAGAGGAGGCGAUAGAGCAUAGUGUGCACUGUCCGGAGUUCUACCGCUGCCUGUACCCGGAGCACAGCGUGUGCAGCGCGCAGUACAGCUACGAGCGGUUCUCCAUGCCCGCGCCCGCCGCCAGCCUCGGUCGCACGCUGCUCGCCUGGUACUACACGCACUCCGCAUUGCUCGACAACGCCAACAUGCAGCUUGAAGCUGACGUGUUGGAGAAAUGUGGUGAGGAACUGUUAUACAAUGACACGCCGCUAAGCGUGUCGUGCCUGGUGCGUGCGGCAGGCGGCGCGGAACGGCUGGCACUUACGCACCACACGCCCACCGCCGCCAGCGCCGCGCUAUACGCCACGCUGCUGCAAUGCAACUCCUCCGAACUCAAAGACAAUGUCUAUCUUGCUCAACCCAAACAGAUGGCUCGAAGCACAUUGAAGCAGAGCAAUGCUACGGAGGAGCAGCUUGCCACCAUCAGGUUGUGCCUGGAGCAGCUAGCUGGCGAGCUGGAUGUGAAGCGCAUGCGGGAAUUCGGAGUUAAUGUUAACGGACUGCUGUUCGGUGCGGAUCCUGAUUAUAGACGGGAGAUUAUCUAUAGGCUCGCCAGGAGUACAGAUGAGGCGCAGGUGCGGCUUGCGUGCGCGCUGGCGCGCCGGCACUCGCUCGAUGAGAUGGACGUGUGGCUGACACACGCUGCGCACGCGCGCGCAGACACGCGCCUCCUCAACCUCAUGCCAGAGAACACGCCUGAUGCACACACACGUAUAAAAGAAGCUCUGUGGGAGGCGUGCGGGGGCGCGGAGCACGGCGAGCUGCUGGCCGUGCUGGGGCUGCUGCAGCGUGUGGACGACCGCCCCCACAUACACGGCCUCACCGCACAGGAACACAUCAAACUGCUCAAGAAGGCAAAGGCAGCUUCACCAGAUCUGGACUACAAGUUGCUGGUGAGCCAGCCAUGUGUGCAGGAGCUGACCGCGCACCUGCUGCACAUCCUGCGGCCGGAGAACGUGGGCAUGGUGGGCAAGUUCCUGCGCACGUUGCCGCCCGCCAUCAAGCUGCCUCUCUCCGUCAACUCGCUCUACACCACCUGGCUCACUAAACACUUCUUUAGUGUGGGCGCGAACGCAAGCAACAAAAAGUGGAUGCAGCAGUACCGGCAAUGCGCCAGCUACUUCAAUAAGCUGGCCAAGGAUGACCUGCUGCGAUUCCUCAACGACACCUGCUUCAGCUCAGACGCUGUCAAACGAGUACCUGCAGGAACUAGAAACUUAAUGCUCAUGCAAGCGGUGGACUACUGCCAGCAAGAACAGGAAAACGACUACAAGUUUAGUAAGAACGAGCAGUCGUGGAGCCAGGUGGGGGAGGAGGUGACGCGGUGGGCGCGCUUCCUCGACAACUACCACUCUGCAGCAGUGCAGGCGCUGCGGCACGCCAGCGAUAUUCCUGAUGAAAACGGCUGGACCGAGCUGGAGAUGAGUCACGGCGAUGUGGAGCGCGCGACGUGUGCGCUGGGCGAGCUGGUGGUGUGCGGCGUGCGGCCCGCCGCGCUCGCCUCCCUGCUGCACUGUCUGCAUCUCAACCUCGCCCCGCACCACCUCUUCCAGCACAGGCUCGCACACUACGCUAAUGACCUGCAAUCAAUCGAGAUAUUAGUGGGGCGCGUGUGUCAAUACCACAAGGAAGGUGUGAAGUUCCCGGAGGAGGUGGUGAGUGCGCUGGUAAGUCGCGCGGAGGCGCUGCAGCUGCCGCCGCACAGACAGCUGGGCCUGCUGGCGCUGAGCCGGCGCACGCGCACGCCGCACCUCGACCAUCUCGCGCACUCCACCGCCGCGCUGCUCCGCAAUGAGUGGCCCGAUCUAGAAUACGCACAACAACUCACAGAUGAUCAGUUGCUGUCGGAGGAGGGUCGUCGCGAGGUGUUCAGCAAAUUCAUGUCGCUGUCAGACUCGUGGCAGAAGAAGAAGGCGCUCGUCGACGUCCUCAACUGCUGGCCGCCCACCAAGGAACAAGACGGCAGGAGCCUGCACUGCGAGUACGUGCACACGCUGCUGAACGCCGCGGAGCAGAGUGAGGCGCUCGUGCUCAUCAAGCUGCUGCUACGAGAGCCCAUCCUAGACGACGAGGAGGUGCAGUGCCUGUGCGAGAGUGCGCCGGAAGGUGGCGCGCUGUGCGCCGUGUGGCUCGCGCUGCUCAAUCAUUGCGACCACACGCCGCGCCUCGUGCUGUCGCUGCUGGACCGACAUAAGGAAUGGGUGCGAAAGCAAGAAAUAGAAGAUGAUCUCAUCAAGGAGUUGCUCGACAAUGAUAUGUUCAUUCCACUCGUACCCACCGUCCUGUACUCCCACACCAUCAACUACAUCAUCAAUAAGGACGCGACCAAAGAUGAACUAAAUACAUAUACGGUUAGCUGGGCGAUAGACCAACUAAAAAAAGCAAACUAUAUCGCCGAAGCCGGGCAGCUGCAACUAUUGCACAUCGGAGUGCCGGCGCCCCUCAGAGGCUUCACGCAAUCCGUUCUCUACUUUAAGAAUAUUCUUAAUCAAUAAAUUAUAAAUAUAAUUCCAAUUCUACUUUACAAUUACACUGUAAUAAGUUAUUAAAUUAUAC